UCUAUGUACGUUAAUCUACUGAGGAAAUCUAUAAACAUUGUUGUGUCCAAAUACGAAUAUAAACAUUACAAUGACCACAUUAGAAGACAAAAUUUUGGGUGAGAAGGCUCAUUGCUAUUGCAGUAGCAGUGAAAGUGAAAAUGAAAAAUCGGACGACGAAACUGCCGGUGAAGAAGAAACUACAUCUAAGGUACCCGUUAUUGAAGACAGUGCUGCACCACCAGAACCGUAUAAAUGGGAGGGUUCAUCAAGGAAUACAGGGCCUAAGGGGGUUGUUAAAGACUGGCAACGUUUCAAGCAGUUACAAGUAGAGAAGCGAGCAGAACAAGAGCGAGAACGAAUCGCAUUGAUUAACAAGUUAGCAUUAACUUGCAGAUCUGCCUUGGAAGAUGAGCGAGAGAAUACAGCCCAGGUGGAUCCAGAACUGGCAGAUCUAUUAAGAGAUGACUUUAUUAUAGAAUACCAGAAAAAACGCAUGAAAGAAAUGAUGUCUCAACUCUCAUCCCUUCCAAAGUUUGGAGAACUAUAUGAGUUAAAGGAUGGACAAGAAUUCUUGGAUGCAGUCGAUAAAGAUAAAAGUGUAACAACCAUUGUACACAUAUACGAAAAAAAUAUUUCUGGAUGUGAAGCUAUGAAUGGAUGUUUGACUGUCCUAUGUCAAGAGUACAUUAAUGUCAAGUUUUGUAAAAUGUUAGCAUCCAUUGCUGGGGUCAGUAAAAAUUUUAGACAGAUGGGGGUGCCAGCCCUUCUAGUUUAUAAGAAUGGCCAAUUGAUUGGAAAUUUUGUACGAUUAAGUGAAGAGCUAGGUGAUGACUUCUUUGCAGAUGAUGUGGAGAGUUUCUUACGGGAGCAUGCAAUGUUACCAGACAAAGCUUGCAUUCCAUCAAUUAUUAAAUCCCAGGAAGAAGAUGAUGAUGAUAGUGACAUGAGCCUGGAGUAAUUUAUGAUGAUUUAUAUCACCCGAUGUGGUCAGUAAAGAAAUAACAUAUUUGCGCAGAAGAGGGGAAAAAGAUUCAAAAAGUAUAAACAUAAAAUUUUUAAUUUACCUAGACUACAGGUACUUAGUAAAAAAAAAAAAAAAGUGUCUACUUAGGUGAAGAUCAGUUAAUGUGCCAAAUGGAUGGCUUAUUCGCAGAUACUUAUUUUUCUACUUUUCCCCACAUUUUAUAAUCUAAAGUGAUAACUGAGAUGUAACUUCACAAAUCUUAAAUUAGUUAGUACACGUUCAAACACUCAUAGAUUUACUUAAUUUUCUUAAUGUACAUGCAACAUUUAACAGUUAUUUAAUUAUUAUAAUUCUAUUUUUACACAGUUUCUUGCUUCGUUUAAUAUUUCUUAACUGUAAUCUUAGUCAAUAACCAUGAAAAAGCUAAUGUUAAAAAAACUCUUGAUAUCGCAGCUUUUUCGAAAGAAUAGAAAAAAAUUGGAACACUGCACACAUCCCUAUAUUUACCCUGAAAGGAUGGUCUUUUAAUUCCGUCUGGUUCAUGAAAAAAUAACGGUUUAAAGCUUACAUUACAAUACCUACAUGUUUUCACACUGCCGCCGCCAUUAAUUCAGUGAUUGUGUAUCUUUAUUUAACACAACUGUAGCCAACUAUGGAGAAUUAAAAUACACAUUCUUCUGUUUCAUUUAUAGUAGUUUAUCGCUGGAUCUUGAUGGCAUGAUCCAGUUCGCUUGAUGCUGAAGUACAUGUUGCAUGCUGUUUUAGUUCAGUACAUUGAAAUACCCCGAUAGCAUGAUCCUGAAGGCUUUAUCCUGAGGUACAUGACACAUGCUGUUUUAAUUCAGAACCUCUGAAGAUCCUGUACGUUAAAAUUUUUUUUGUCAUUUAAUAAUAAAUUAUGAUCGUAAGUCAAAUAAAAAGGAUCCAGACUUAAACUGGGAUACAUGAAACACCAGCCAUAUCAAGCAAGAAUAUACGGCAGCUUUAAUCAAAGAAUUCCUUGGAAAGAUUGCAAAAUUCAAUGCGUCAGCUACUUCAGUGCACAGCACUUAUUUCUCACAGAAAAUGAAUGACAUUAACAAUUCUAUUCAAAUUUUUGCCUUCUAUUAGUCUCGUCCAUUACAUCAUCACUUAUUACAUAGGUACUUUCAAUGCAGUUUAACAAAACAAACAUUUUGUACUACAAUUAGGCGUACUUAUUAUUAUAAAACCACAAUGAAAUAUACAAGCAUUAAAAAUUCCUACAAUUGCAAUAGCCAUUAUUUGAACUAAUUUUAUUACAAUGUUUACAUUAACUAAAUUAAAAAAAAAAAAAUGGAUUAACAAUAAAUGUCUGCAAAUGCAUGAAUACAAAAUACAUAGGUAUUAUAAUGUAAGCUGUAAACUGUUAUUUUUUCACAAACCAGUAGCAAUUAAGAAACCUUCCUUUCAAGGUUAAUUCAAGAAUACGGAAAACAAUAUAUUCUUAUUUUUCGCAAGUAAACAAACAAUUUAGGCGGCAGUGUAAAAGCACAGGUAUUGUAAUAACAGAAUAAAAAUUUAGUUUUUCUACAAACUAGUAGGAAUUACAAAAUCAUCCCUUUGGGGUAAAUUUAGUGAUGUGUGUAGUGUGUAAAAACCAUGUUUUCUGAUUUUUUUCUUUCCCUUCUAAAAAGUUGCAAUAUCCGAGUAUUACAUACCAAUAAAUACACCACUAAAUACAGUUCACCGAAUGUGCCCUACCUGCAGAGUUUGUGAUACAUAGUAUAUUUCCAACACUGACCAUGCCUAACAGGUGAUUCUUUAGAAGAAAAUUGGAUGAAAACGUUUUAAUAAAGUGUAAUUGAAUUUAAGUGUAAUUUAAUAAACUAAUCUUAUAAAUCAAAUGUAAAAACUUUUUGAUUUUAAGAAAUAUUGGGAACUAUUUGCAGAUAAGUAACAAAUCAGUGAAUUAUAUUUUGUGCAAGAUAUAUCUUUUGCCUGUUACGUUCUCCUUCAUUUAUUAAAUGGAGGUGGCUUUAUUUUCCUCACAUGCAAUCAAUAACACUUAUGCUUUUUGAGCAUAAUAAGUUUCAGGUUUUAAUGAAAUUUCCAUAAAUUAUUAUUGUUGGUUUUCUCAUACUUCGGAAGAUCCUAAUAGUCUGCAGGCUUGUAGGAACUGAGGCUACCCUAUAUUUAGAGACGGAUCAAUGUUGAUACAAUUUUCAAAAGCAAUAUUAUGAAAAUCCCAGUUAUGAAGACUUUGAAGGAAAGGUUUCAAGUUUUCUGGAAGGCAUUUUAAUAUAUUUUGACUUGAAAUCAAUUCAUAAGUAGUAUUAAGGUGUAUGUAUUUGAUAUAAGCAGCUUUACAUUAUUUUUCUUUCUUAAAAUGUAGGCCAAUGCGUAGUAGCUUUUGUAGCAAUUUUAUGUUGUGAAUGUUUCACGUGAUCUCUCUAACCAGUUUUAUGUAUCGUCAUUUCAACUGCUUGUGUUCUCUUAUACUUAUCAUUUUAUGAAUUCACGUAUAGUGUCAUCCUUAGAUUGUAGUGUGAAUUUAAAUGGGCAUAAUUUCUUCUCUCUUUCCAAAGCACAAUAUAUGUUUGCACUGUCCUUGCAGAGCAUCAUUAUCUAAUUAUAUUCGAUUCUAUCUUUUAAGGAAAUGUUACAGAAAGAUGCCAUUUCUGUUUGACCAUAGGAAUUUAUUAAUGGUAGGUAUUAAUAAAGAUAUUGAUAAAGACAGACUGCUACAAAUAGUUUCUUAUGUAAAAUAAUAAUUGGUGUUUAGGAUUGAUACAUUUUUUUCUUUCAGAAUACACUUUUAUGGUCCUAGAAAAAUCAACAAAUAGUAAAAUUAAAAAUAUAAAAAAAAA